UUUAAAGAAGAAGAAGGUAAUAAUAGAUAUAAACUCACAAUUACGUGAUAUAAACGUAAAACUCUGAGAUGUUAUACUUGCAAUUAUUAGAAGAAAUAUUUGAAUGGUGAUAUAUUUGAAUCACAGCAUAUGAAAUCUGAAUUAAAAUAAGCAUAGACUGUUUUGGUUGUAAGUCAAAGUCCUGUAGAUGUGUGUGUUUUUCUAGAUACACCCUGGAUUUACAGACAAUGAAAACCAGUGCUGGUUGUAAAAACAAUAUUGCACAAGAUCCUUUUAACAGAUCGUCUGUCUUGAACCGAAGAUCAAUGUGGUCUGAUGAAUGAAUGUGUGAUUGAUCUGAGACAGGAUUAACCUCAUUCCUCUCAUUCCAGCCCCAGUCUCACACACACACACACACUUCCCUCUAACUCUAGCUUUCUAAUUUAUUGUGUCAUUUAAAAAAAAACCUUGUCAAGCUAAAUGAAACUCAUUAUAGCACAUCUCUGCUCUUCAGCUGACUUUGAUUGCUUCUAUCGUCCUGUGUGUGGCUUUGCUUCUGCUAAACGACAGAAUAUCAUCUUAAAAGAAUGUAUUAUUGAUUGUGAUAUAAAUGUUGCCGUUAUGCCAUCUCCCCUGAAGCUCUACUUCGCUGUUGUCGACACUGUUUUGUGAGAUGCACGUUUUAAUGACAUGCUGAACGCGUUCAAUGAGGAUAAUGAAAAGCGCACUCGCGUGAGCCGCACUUCCUGUUUGAUCUCGGCCAGGAAACUCCGGACCAAUCAGCGCGGCGAGCGGGCGAGCGGGCGAGCUGUGAUUGGCUGGCUUCAAUGGCGUUCCUGCGGUGAUCCUGUCGGUCUCCCGAAGCGCCGCUCCCGUUCAGCUCCCGUUCCGCUCCGCAUUCAGUGAUCACCAUGACGACCGCGGCGCAGACGCAGGAGCUCUUCCGGCGCGCGGACGCCGUGUGCUUCGACGUCGACAGCACCGUGAUCCGAGAGGAGGGCAUCGACGAGCUCGCCAAGUUCUGCGGCGUCGGUGACGCGGUCACGGAGAUGACCCGGCGGGCCAUGGGCGGCUCCGUCUCGUUCCUGACCGCUCUGAGCGAGCGUCUGUCCAUCAUCAAGUGCUCAAGGGAGCAAGUCAACAAACUGAUCACCGACCAUCCUCCUCAGCUGACGCCUGGCAUCAAGGAGCUGGUGGAGAAGCUUCAUCAGCGUAGCGUCAAGGUCUUCCUCAUCUCGGGCGGCUUCCGCUGCAUCGUUGAACACGUGGCGUCGCAGCUCCACAUUCCUCUCCAUCAUGUCUACGCCAACCGCCUCAAGUUCUUCUUCAACGGAGAGUACGCCGGCUUCGACGAGACCCAGCCCACGGCUCAGUCCGGCGGGAAGGGCAGAGUCAUCAGUGAGCUGAAGGAGCAGUACGGCUUCCAGAACAUCGUGAUGAUUGGAGACGGAGCCACGGACCUGGAGGCCUGUCCUCCCGCGAGCGCGUUCAUCGGCUUCGGGGGGAACGUGGUGCGGCAGCAGGUCAAGGACAAGUCCUCGUGGUACGUCACCAGCUUCGGAGAGCUGCUCAAGGAGCUGGAGAAGAUCUAGACGACCGCCAACGUGCUCCGCUUCGUGCCUUUCCUAGGUUCUCCUAACGCACAGUGUUUUUAGAGUUUCUAUAGAAGACGGAUCUGUUUCCUGUGAUGUACGCCUAGUGUUUUAACUGUAAUCAAUCUCGACUCACACUAACGAGAGAACGCUCUCACUCCUCGCUAAUCACCAUUAUUAAGCUAACAACUGUCCGCGGCAGUAUGCAUACUUGAAGAAGAGCGUUUUAAUACCGGUUAAUAAAAAAGUAACAGCU